GUUUUGGAGUCGAGAAAAACCGGUUUUGAAAUCGGUAAAAAACAGUUUUGGAGUCGGCAAAAGCCGGUGUUGAAUCGGGAAAAACUGUUUAUGUAGUCUGAAAAAACCGGUCUCGAGAUCGGCAAAAACCGGUUUUGGAAUCGGCAGAAACCGGUUUUGAAGACAGCAAGAACCGGUUUUGGGGUUGGCAGAAACCACUUUUUUUGUGCACUUUAUAUCAAGAGAGGGGUUGCGGAUGGUGGUUACUCCGCUUCAUCUUUUUAAAAUAUUAAUUUUCCUAACAAAAAUAGCGCAUGGUAAUCGUCCUACUAAUUUCAUUUCCCAUCAGUUUUUCCGAACUUUCAAGAAAGAGAAAGGUAGUGUAAUCAUACAUGACGUAGUAGCUCUGAACAGGUGAUAACGGGCGCGACUUGUUUGGAAAUUUCGAGUACUUACUGAGUUUUCAUCGACCGUGGUUCGAACAACAAUGCAUUUUGGUGAGGUUAACAGCCAACUUUAACGUUAGUAAAAAAGCCCGGAAAAUGGCUGAUAGCGUGGAUCGAUCAACAGUAGGCGAUGUCGCCCAAACGGAUGAAAGUGAGCUGCAAAAUCCCGCUUCACCAACUAUUGAGCAUACUGAUAAGGUCAAACACAAAGUGCGUAUCCAGAAGAAGAAUGGCAGAUAUUAUUUCCAGCAUCCCUAUGCAAGACUGUUUGUGGCAUAUUUUGUGAUUUUCUGUAACUUUUUUGUCUAUGCUGAGGAUCCAGUAUCUCAUAGCAGGGCAAACUGCACCAUUCCUCUUGUUGGGAAUGACUUUGCUUUUGUCACUUACAGGUAUCCCCCAGGAGGAUGGUCUGUCCUGAAAGUGUUCAUGUGGCUUAUAGCCAUUGUGGUUGGAUUGCUGGUGGGGAAAUUGUUUUUCCACAAACUGCUUUUUAACCGAUGGAUGAGGCUGUCGAUGUUCAGGCGUGACAGUGGCUCAUGGAUGGUGAUGUUUUUAACCACAUUGGUGUCUCUGUUUAUCUUCUCCUUCAUCUACAAUGGAUUCUUGAUUGCUGGCGGAGAUAAACUAUCACUGUACCAUGUAACAAGCUACCUGGGGAUACAGAAUGACAGCUUCAUGAAGGCAGCAGGGCUAGGGACAUGGAUGGGUGAUUUUGUGACAGCUUGGAUGGUUACGGACAUGAUGUUGCAGGAUAAGCUGUACCCAGACUGGAACAAACGCUUACGGAAGAUUUGGAAAACGGGUUGGACACGCAUAUAUCUGUUCUGGAUAGUGUUGAUUAUUUGCACUGUCAUUGUCGCUACUGGAAUAAUAACUGAUUUUGUUAAGUGGGAUUCCCUGAAUAGAGACUUUGUUUCCACCAAUGAGCUGUCUAGGGCUUUUCUGGCAUCUUUCAUUCUUGUUAUGGACUUACUGAUUGUCAUGCAGGACUGGGAGUUUCCUCACUUUCAAGGUAAUAUGGAUAUCAAACUCCCCGGAGUAGACACUGCAUCCUUUUACUUCCGUUUGCCGCGCUUCUUGAAGAAGGAAAACUGGCAUGUGCACAUCACUGGAAAAUGGUUCAACUAUGGAAUCAUAAUGCUGGUCAUCAUAUUGGACUUAAACAUGUGGAAAAACCAGAUCUUUUACAGCCCUUUCGUGUUUGGCCAGUACACUAAUCCUGGGGGAUACAUCUACUCCGUCACUGACACGAAGUUUUUGGAAACUGCAAACGAAACCACUCUGUCCUACGCGUGGAGAUCCGAGAACAUCAAUCCGGCCACAAACCAAAGCUUCGCGGCAACUGACCCUCGCAUGAAUUCAAAAUACCUCGACUUUGCGUUGGCGGUAAAGGGGAUUGCGUUCAUCCCUUCUAUUGUCGCAUUCCUGACCUUUGGUUGUCUCAUUUGGCGCUACGGACGAGAGGCGUUUGUUGUGGAAAAAGUCCUUGAAGAUGUGGAUAAAGUUGACGGCGUUGUCAUCGAAGAACUGGAUGUGGAGGAUGCGGAAACGGAUGAAUAUUCUUCCCGCCAAAAGCUAACCGCGUCUACGGAUUCCCGCCAAAAUGGAAUUGCAGAUGGAAGAGGUGUCUCGGAGCUACCAUCUGACCAAGUUGAUGGAACGCCUGUACUUCUGAGUACGCAGCACGUGACGUAUGUAUAGCGUCUGUCAACAGAAGCGUUUUGCCAACAGAAGUUACAAGGCCGAGCAGAGGACUCCGUGCUCUGCAGCUAUUAAUAAAACCACGCAUCCAAAGGUGUCUAUCUCGGUUGUAAAUGAAGCUUACCAGAUUCUAGUUUCCUACCUAAACAUCAUUAUUGACUCGCUGGGUUUCUACAUGUAGUUCUUGACUUCUGUGUGAAUCGCAUGUAGAUGUACAGGACGGUGCAGUAUCGGCGAAACAAAGAUAAACUGAUGUUGACUUUCAGCACUCUUACAUACUACAUGUAAGCAUGCUGAAAGACACACAUAGUGCGGUUUCAAUAGCAUAGCUAGGAUAAACUUUUUGUAAUAUGUAAAAUUGUUUCAGAUACAGUAGAGAUACAUCAUACUGCUUGUAACAGCAUUACUAACUGAAGCAGUAUGGGCGCCAAAGGAGAAUAACCCAUUCAGACCUCAAAGUAAAAAGCGCAUUCCAUCAAAGCGCGGGAAAGUCCAACCUCGAUUCCAGGGGAGUUAACGGAGAGAGAGCCUGGGAUCGAGGUUGGGAAAAGUCAAUCAAGCCACCUGUCUCUGAUUUUGCAUCUGAUUGGCCGAAAAGACGGCAUGUUCGAGCUGAUCGGUUAAACGAAUUUUUUGAAUUAUUCUUGGGUAAAUUAACGAAACCAAUAUUUAAGUACUUUGGCGAGACUUCACGGAGUGUGCUGUACAUGUAUCCGGUUGAACAUCGGGGUAAGAAGAACUUUUUGUAAGUUCCUUUGCCGUGUUGAAUUCAACUAUAUUGACUAUAUUCGUGAAAAAACAACCAAGAGCUGUGUAUCUUUUUGAAGCACGAUUAGAAAAUUAAGCAGUGUUCUUUUAAAAGAAGCGGUUGUGAACGUCAAAAGAACGCUUUUCUGCAAAUUAGUUGUCUGUGUGUGUGUGUGUUGAUUCACCUGUCGGCGUUGAUGUGUGUUCAAAAUUGUGUUAAAUUGCUCUUUUGAGGAGCGUGGAAAGUCAAACUUGAGUUUUUGAGAAGAUCCUCCUAGUCCUUAAGCUUACACGUAACACAUUUAGCAGAAUUCACCUGAUCUGAUUGCAGAAGUAAUUUUAAAAUUAAUUAAUUAAGUUAAGAUUUUUAUUGCAAUCAAUGAUCGGUGUAUUUGUAGACUGUUUUAGACAACAUUUCCGUAGUAAUUUUAAAUGCCGUAAACGCUUUAUUGUUAAGAUGAAAGUUGAGGGCCUUACCUUAUGCAACAUUGGAUAUAAAUAUAUUUUUAGGCCAAUUAUUUAUUACCUUGUGAUGUCAGUAAUAUACCUAUUUAUUGUUGCAUCGCGACUUUUCGUUUAAAUAAGAACGUUUACCGUAGGCUUUUUAGUAGACUUGCUCCAAGUCGCUCAUUUUAAUUUUUUAAUUGGUAUAGUGUGGAAGACAUUGGCUAUCAAUUAAGCUAUUAUCAGUGUAGCAAGUGUAGCAAGUGUAGCAGUAUAUAUGCGAUGUUUGCGGAAUAACUACUGGAAUUUUUAUUGUGGUCAAAUUAGGAGAAGCUUGUUAAUUUUUUUAGGGCUAAAAUUGUAAUUUUUCCGGGCAAGAAUGUGAAAUAAUAAAUAUUUUACGCUUUGUGUCAAGAUUCA